CUACCUCCAUAAAGUCCUUACAAAGUAUUAACUGACUGUGUCUAUGACUAUGACUAUGACUAUGAAUAUUGAAUACUGAAUGUAAUUCAUAUCCCAACACACAAUGAGUCAUUUCUACUAACCAAUCUCAUUUCACAGCUCAAAUUUCCCAUCUUUCUUCUGCUGGGUAUGAGGAAAGAGCUGUGAUGGAUUUGAAAUUGACCCAUUUGCAGUUUUCUGUGCUUUUGAUUGCUGUUGUGCUCUCUUUUGUGGCUCCAGAGAACAUAUCUAAUGAUACAAUUCAUAGUCCACUAAUAGCCUCCAGGAAUGAAAGCAAUAAAGGAUGGUGCCAUUCUGGCUGGGACAUAAGUCCAAAUAAGAAAAAGUGCUUAAAAUAUUUUGAGAAAUCAAAGUCAUGGGACGAUUCAGAAGCUCUUUGUGCAAGCUAUGGUGGACACUUGGCAGCAUUGACAUCAUCUCAAGAACUAACCUUUGCCAAACAGCUGUGUGGCCAAAUUGUGGAUGGCUGUUGGGUUGGUGAACGAGUCAUCAACUCCACUGUUGGUUCUAAUUGGAAAUGGUUUGAUAAUACAUCAUAUUGGAAUGAGUCAAUAUUGUCUGGAGCAUCUUUCGAUUCAAAGUGCACCAACUUGUCAUGCCACAAUAAUGCUACAGCUGAAUUUUGUACAUUGGUGAAUAACAGAACCACACAUCUUGUGGAUGAGAGAUGCAACAAGUCUCAUGUGUUUAUAUGCAUGCUAGAUGCUGAGAACAAAUGUUACCACAUGCAUUGUCAUAGGGAGUAUCUUAUUAUCCUUGCAGUUGUCAGUGGGUUGAUUCUCUGCACUGCAUUAGCAGUGGUGAUUUGGCUUCUUGCAUAUAGACGGAGCCGGAAGCGUAGAAAGUCCCGUAAAUUAUCUAAUCCAGCAGCUUCUGCAUUAGUUCCACCAUCAUGGAAAGUCUUUACUAAUGAGGAAUUAAGGUCCAUUACAAAGAAUUUUAGUGAAGGAAAUCGCCUUCCUGGAGAUGCUAAAACAGGUGGCACAUAUAGUGGGCUCCUACCUGAUGGAUCAAGGGUUGCAGUAAAAAGGUUGAAGAGAUCCAGUUUCCAAAGAAAGAAGGAGUUCUAUUCUGAGAUUGGAAGGGUUGCAAGGCUUCAUCAUCCAAAUUUGGUGGCUAUUAAAGGAUGUUGCUAUGAUCACGGUGAUCGCUACAUUGUUUAUGAGUUUGUAGUUAAUGGACCCUUGGAUAGAUGGCUACACCACAUAUCAAGAGGUGGUAGGAGCUUGGAUUGGACUAUGAGGAUGAAAAUAGCUACUACACUUGCCCAAGGAAUUGCGUUCUUGCAUGACAAAGUUAAGCCACAUGUUGUGCAUCGGGACAUUCGUGCUAGUAAUGUACUGCUUGAUGAAGAAUUUGGAGCACACUUGAUGGGAGUUGGUCUCUCCAAGUUUGUGCCAUGGGAGGUGAUGCAUGAGGGAACGGUGAUGGCAGGCGGCACAUAUGGGUACCUUGCACCAGAAUUUGUCUACAGAAAUAAGCUUACAACAAAGAGUGAUGUUUAUAGCUUUGGGGUGCUGCUGUUAGAAAUAGUAACCGGGCGGAGGCCUGCACAAGCAGUUGAUUCAGUGGGUUGGCAGAGUAUAUUCGAGUGGGCUACGCCUUUGGUCCAGGCACACCGCUACCCUGAGCUCUUGGAUCCUCUGAUAUAUUCGUCUUCUUCAGAAAUUCCAGAACCUGGUGUUAUUCAGAAGGUGGUGGACCUGGUCUAUGCCUGCACGCAGCAUGUCCCAUCGAUGCGGCCAAGAAUGUCUCAUGUUGUUCAUCAGCUACAGCAACUCGCUCAAUCAUCUAGUUUAAAGUGAGGCAAACUUAAGCGGGACAACUCGGAUUUCCAUACUAACUACAAAGAUAUCUGCAAUGAAAUAUUUGAUCUGCUGCAGAAGCAAAGAGCUUAGCACUGACGUAGAUUGUAGUGGAGACAGAAACACAUAUUUUCUUUUUUAAAUGCUAUUGUAGAAUUCCCACUUGUUUAAGUUAAGAAUGCUUUGGCUUGUAACUUGUAUAUUUAGAAUAGAGAUCAUUCUGAGCAAUUUCAGUUUGUAGGAAAAGGUGCAGUAACCAGAAAGACCCUUGAAUAUUAUAGGGUGAAUCACAUCAAUAGUCAAUAAACUUUAUCUUUAAUUGCAAAAACUGUUUGUGAA